UUCCGCGCGUGGCGCUAGUUGCAGUCGUCGACUACGUUGGUCCUCGUGUAGAAUCAGCGAGUCUUUUCUUCUUAACGUUGUAUCUUGCUUCGAGCCUGAUUUAACUUAAAAUGGCCAAGUCGAAGAAUCACACCAAUCACAACCAAAGCCGCAAGGCUCACAGAAAUGGAAUCAAGAAGCCAAAGAGGAAGCUGCACGAGUCCACCUUGGGUAUGGACCUGAAAUUCUUGAAGAAUCAGAGAUUCGCCAAGAAGCACAACCUCAAGCCUAAGGCUCAGCUCAAGAGGGCAGCAGAGCGCAAAGCUGCUCGUGAAGCUAAGAAAUAGAUUUUCCAUAGAUUAAUUUUAUGAUAAUAAAAAAUCUUGAAAAAUCUUAAA